AUGGGUUAAUUAUUUAUUACUUUUGGAAAAAUAAAGCAUUCAACAACCUUGAAUCAGGAGUUAGUUGCAUUUUAGUGAAAAAAUGCUUAUUUUUAUGUUUAGGUCAACAAGCCCUCUAUUUUUUUUCGUCUGGUCCUCUAUUUUUCUUCCUGUGGUGCUUACAUCGGCAAUAACUUUAUGCGGUUAUUUGUACAAAUAUCAAUGGUCGAUUUUUCAAUGUUGUGCAUAUGUAGACGUUGAUGAUUGUACUCACAUUGGUAGCUGUCAAUCAGCAAUUGAUUUAACAAAACUCUUUUUACAAAAUACGACAUAUUAUGAAAAAAAUCAAAUUCGUUUGUUGUUAAAAAUUGAAGAUGAGUUUAAACGUACAAUAAAUUCAACAAUGAAAAACUUAUUAACAACAACAACAGCACAGGGAUGCCAAAAUUCAUUUUUCUCGUUGAUCUAUGACCUUGCUGAAAUGAAUUUGUGUUUAAGGCGAAUUCAAGCAACAAUGUUAGAUAUUCAUAAAGAAUUUAUUCACUCAGUUGAAAAAGCAAUGGAAUUAUAUAAUCAAUUAUUUGAUGAGAAUUCAAAUGGAGAAUUCCCAUCCUGUAUAACAAAAUCACCUCUAUUGCGCAAUUCACUUCACUCCAACUCAUCACUUGUUAAUUCAACUGUAUUCUCAAUUGUACAUCACCAAACGUCAUUACCAAAAUGGUAUAUUGUUGUACUGGUUAUGUCACUUGUCAUCUCUUUAUUUUCAAUAUUUUCUACAUGUAUUUAUUUAUAUAAAAAGGUUUUACCAUUUUUUCAAAAUUGUCGUCAAAAUGAUCAUGAGAAUCAUAAUCAUAAUUUAGGGCUCUUUUCAUUAUAUGAUAAAAAUGAUGAAAGUCAUGUUUAAGUGUUAUAUAUAAACAUAUUGUACACAUUUUUUAUAUUUGUAGAUAAAGAUACUUUUUCCUUUAUGAAAAAUAUAUUCGUACAACGAGGUUAAAAUUGGGCCCUAAAAAGCAGUUUCGACAAAUACACACUAUUUUAGCUUUUACAAACAAACGAGAUAGCGUAUUCAACCAAACCUGUUUUAAAAUAAUGGUGUACAGAAAGUUAUGAGAAAAAGGAUAGAAAACAAGAUUACACUGAUGUUUGACAAGUAUUUGUUUUUUUAAAUGCAGUAUGUGUCAAGUCUUCUCUCUGAAAAAUUUUUAAGAACAGCUGCGAAAUGUUUUCAAAUCGGUGAUAUAUUGAAAUAGAGCAAAAUUUUGCAGUAAGUGUCAGAAUUAUCAAACGAAAACCAAUGAAAGGCUUCCUGAAAGGAAUAAAGGUAAUUUAUUUACAUCCUUGGUAUCAAAAGAAACAAGUACAUUGUCUUAUAGCGGAAGAUUACAAGAGCACAACAAAAUUAUUACUUACCACUUCAUUGCGCCAUGUUUUACCCGG